AUGAAAAAGAUUUUAGAAAUGACUGAAUUAAGUCACACCCCUGUCAAGGUUGCACAAUAUAUACCCAUUACUCAAAUCCGUGGUGUUAUUCAUAAAGUAGAUACACUAAUCACGGAGGAAGAACUCAAUGAACUCUUGAAAGAACAAGGUGUGACGUAUGUAAAGAGAUUCAAUAAAAGAAUAAACGGUGAAUUAUCACCAACCCCUUCUGUUCUUUUAGUAUUCAAAGGACCAAAUCUUCCACACCAUGUCUCCUUUCUAUACCAAAAAUAUGUAGUUGAUGAGUUUGUCCCUACUGUAACAAGAUGCCAUAAAUGCCAGCAAUUUGGGCACAUCCAAAAGAAUUGUAAGGGUCAUUUAAGAUGUGUAAGAUGUGGUGAGGCCCACACUUUUGAAAUGUGCCCCAAUAAAGAUAGCCCAAAAUGCUUGAGAUGUAACCUUAAUCAUUCAGCGGCCUAUCAAGGAUGUACCUAUUAUAAGGAAGCAAAAAAUAUUCAAAAUGUCAGCCUGCAAAAUAAUUUAACUUAUGCUCAAGCAACAAAAAUAUACCAUCAAGAAAAAAGAGAAGAAAAUCACUCGAAAGAUCGUGAAUCAUCAAACAAGAAUAUUAUCAAACCCCCCAAAGGAAAGAAAAUCCCAGAUCAACCGAAUAUUUUGGAAGCUAAAGUAGAUCAAAUACCAACGGUAAAGAGGUCGACAAUAAAAACGGCGACCAUAUCCACUCAAACAGAAACGGCGGAAAAGUCUGUACAGACAGAUGCGCAAGAAUUCACUUGUAAAGAGAAUAAUCAUAGGCCUAAUGAAGCAGAAGAGUCUGGACCUGUAAUUCCCGCAUCCACAGAAAAUGCUAGAGUCGACUUUUUGGCAUUCAUCACUUUUAUAGUUAACAACCUUGACAAAGAAACUUCUCAUUCAAACAGAAUUAGAUUAGUGGUUGAGGCAGCCAAGCGAUGCUUAGUCAUCAACGAGGUGUCUCCAGAGAUGAUCCACGAUCGUCUUCAGUAA